GAUAUCAGGCCAAGUACAGCGACGGCUCUAACCCUAAAGAGCCUGGAUUAGCUAUAUGCUUGGAAGAAGCAGGAAAUAUGAGCAAGUGUUUAUGCGACAAGUGCUCCCAGAUCGACCUCUACGGAAUCCUUGCCCAUGGCGUACCUGUAGAAGCGCGCAUCCCACUCGACUCGGUCGUGAAUGUCCUCUCCAAGUCCACGACAUGUUCGCUCUGCCUCAUCGUCUUGACGGCAGUCCGACGUACCUGGCUUCUUGAUGAUUAUACGCAAGCUGAUCUCUCCGGCAUCGACCUGGCGCUAUACAGUGGUGGUAAUCGGGAUCUGUCUUACUUGGACUUUGCGGCGGACAGUGGGUCCACUCCUAUCACAAUCCACGUCUUCUAUUCGUACAUCCCCCCAGAGAUCGAGACUGCGGUGGGGCCCUCACAUUCUCGCCUUCCCACCAUCCAGCUUAUGGCCGGAGAUGCCCACCUCUUCGGCAGAUCUCAAGAAGGCCACGGGAGAGUAGUGGAGGACACCUUGGACGUCAGCUAUAUCAAACAAUGGCUGCAUGCGUGCGAGAGCACGCAUGGAGGCAGGUGUACCGCACCCUCGUGGGCCACGGACGACGAGCUUCCCUCGUCGGUGCGCAUGCUCGACGUCGUCGACAUGGCACUCGUACCCGCUCCUCCGAAGUGCCGAUACCUCUCCCUGAGCUACGUAUGGGGCAGCGCCGCCGAGUGCAACCACCGCUCUUACUGUACAAACUCCGCAAAUCUCGCCCGCCGGUCCCGACGCUGCGGGGUCGAGCUAUCCACUCUCCCUGCCACCAUCUCGGACGCGGUUCUCCUCGCGCGUGAGUUGGACGAGCGCUACCUAUGGAUAGACGCCCUUUGCAUUUCCCAAGAUGACCCCAUCCAUAAAGCCGAACAGAUCUCGGCCAUGGACCGUAUCUAUACCCGAGCGAUACUAACCGUGUUCGCUGCGGGUGGCUCCAGCGCCAAUGCCCCCCUCCCUGGCUUUCGCUCGGGUACCCGCGUGGUCCAACAGGUUAUUGAAGAGGUGCAAGAUCUCCAUCUCGUGGUCCCUUUCCCCGCCGCUUUGGACGAACUUGCGCAGACGACCUGGGAUAGUCGCGCGUGGACGUAUCAAGAGAUGAUGCUCUCGCGCCGCCGCCUCUUUUUUACGCCUUCGCAGGUCAUUUUCGAGUGCUGUACCGAC